UCAAAAGCUGUUGCUGUCUUUAGUAUAAAACUGCAGCACCAUUCUGAAAAAAAGCCCAAACCUUGUGCAUUAAUUAAGUGGAUUUACCAUAUUUACUUGCGUGCUGAGGGGGAGUCAUACAGCUGGGCUGUAUUGGCAUGAACAGGUCUGUAACUGGUUAGGCAGAAAGAGCAGAAAUGGAUUCACGCAACAUUCCCUACCGCUCAGAAGUGGCCAGAUGGACCCCAGAUGACUUGUCAGACUACUUCAGGAAGUUAAACUUCAAGGAUUGUGAGAAAGUUGCCAGAAAACACAGCAUGACCGGACAAAGAUUUCUGAACAUGUCUGAGAAUGACAUUCAGAAGUUUCCAAAGCUAAGAAUGCCAAUACUAAUCAAGCUAAGUCAGGAAAUAAAUCGAAAUGAAGAAAGAAAGAGUUUCUUUCCAAAAAGGACACAUGCACCAAGGGUUCCUGAAAAUACAGAACUGAGACAUGAGGAGAUUGACGGCUGGUCUUCCUUUGAAGAUAGUGAUGAUUAUGAAAGCCCAGAUGAGCUGGAAAACGAAGACUGUGUAGACUAUGAAACUCCCAAUGAAGAUGGUGGGGAUGAUGAAAAUGAAGCAGAUUAUGAACCUCCUCCAUCAAAUGAUGAAGACCUACACCGCAAUGCUAUAUUUCCUUCCAAAUCACUUCCAACCAACUCACAAUACAUAGAUAGACCUGCAACAGUGUCUAAAACAUUGCUUCAGCCUCCUGUUCCACCACAAAGGCCCGGAUCCUCCCCUGUACCAGCAGCAAGUGGAGGCAGAGGCACUGGGCAGCUACCUUCUUAUUCUCCUUCAAGCAAUGGAAAAAAUAUCAGGUCAUUUAAACCUCCAGCUCCUUCUAUAGAUAGAAGGAAUAAGCCCCCACUUGAUUGGUCUGGGCCACCAUUCGACAGAGACCUCCCAGGAGCAGGCAGAAGAGGAUUUGCUGAAAUGCCUUUGGCACCAAAGCUCAGGUAUCUGGGAGAAGAGUUAGCAAAGAUACAGAAGCCUCCUGUGCCAUCAACUGAUAAAAAAAACAAUCCAACCAAUAGAAAGAAACCACCACUCAUAAAGAACAGUCCAGUAUCUGAAAGAAGGGCAGAUAUGGAAGAUGGUCAUGUUCCCCACAGGCCAGUCCCACAGCCACCUUCACAGUCACCAUUCUUUAACACCUUCCCUUCUAAGCUACCAUCUAAACAGACUCCUUUAUUAUCCAAGGCUGAGCCUGAAGCAUACACAGAAAGCACUAUUUCCUCAAGUGGAACACUACCAUCACACCUGCAGUCAAGCAACAUCUGCAGAAGCUUUUCCAAAGGCCCAGCUGAUGGCAGACCACCGUUACCAAUUCCUAACAGGCAACCUCCCAAACUUGACAAUGAAGAGGGGCAACAAAGUUGCAAGAAUCAGACCACCAUAAAUCAGGAAUGGUAUGCUGCUGAUAUCACCCGACCUAAAGCAGAAGUUGCUCUUAGGAACAUAAACCAGGAUGGCACUUUCUUAGUAAGAGACAGUUCGAGAAGAACUCUUGAGCAACCUUAUGUCCUGAUGGUGCUUUACAAUGACAAAGUAUACAAUAUUCAGAUACGUUAUCGAGAGGAAGAUAAGUCUUACUUCCUUGGAACUAGCCUGAAAGCAAAUGAGGAUUUUACUUCAGUGAAUGAAAUCAUUGAGAACUUCAAAAGAAUGCCCCUUCGACUGAUAGAUGGGAAGGAUCGCUGUUCACGGAAGCAAUGCAUGUUAACAUAUCCUGCUGGAUUUCUUUAGAAAAAGAUUUUACUGAGGACCAAUUCAAGAUAUACUUUUAUUUAUCUCUAAAAGAUGAAGCCUGAAGAGUAACUGAUUUAUAUUUGGGAACACUGAUACACUGAGAUAACUUCUUGUGACUAAUUUUCAUGUAAUAAGGUGAAUGAUCUCAGUCUUCAAGUUACCCAUUUUUUCCAAUGUAUUAUUUUUCAUUAAACAUACACUUCAUGGAACAGUUUCAGGUAUGCCCUAGCUGAAAUACAUGUUACACGAACUGAAAAGGAUAUUUAAGAUAAUCAUAUUAUUGAACAUUUUCUUGAUGUACAAAGGCUUCGUCCCAGGGAGUAGCACUGUCAGGUUUACAGUAACAAAUACAUUCAGCUGAGAACAGCUUAAUAUUUAAGUGUUUUGAUGCUGUCAAACAAAGUAGACAUGCUAAUGUCUGUUCUGUGUAGAAGGACCCGUUGGCUAAAUUCCUUAUAUGAUUAUAUUAGUUAGCUGCAAACUUUGCAUUUGCAGAUGCAGCAAGAAUCAAUAAUAAAUGUAUCUGUUUUGACAUCUCCCUUUUCUAUGCCAACCUUGGUGAAAUGAUUCCUUGAUACAAACAACCUUCUAAUCUCUGUGGUGUGUGUUUUCACAUAAACCUCCCAGCAUGCUGGCUAGACCUUUUAGUCUAGCACUGUACAUACUGGACUUAUGAAUAUUCUCAUUGUGGUUAGAUAAUAGAAUUGUAGGUUGUAUCCUGCACUAGUCAUUCAAAUUUCUUCAGUCCAACUUUUCAGUUUCCAGAUGGUUUACUACUAGCUUUAGCCAAUUGUCAGCCUGAUCCACCAAAUCAUCAGCAGCUAUACUUUAAAUUAAGUUGCCAUCAGACCAGGCGCGAGCCAAAUUUAACAACUUUUAAAUCCUGUACUGUUAUAAAAUCCUUUGCUUUGUUAACGGUGCCAGAGCUCAGCAAUAGAACAUAUACUUUUGCAUUUUAAAAGUCCCAGGUUCAGUCCGUAGCAUCUCCAGGUAGGUCUGGAAAAGACUCCUGUCUGAAAAUCAUGCAGAGCCGCCACCGGUCAGCAUAGACAAGAUUGAGCUAAUGGAGAAAUAUUCCUACAGAACAGUGUUUUUCAUGUAAGGCCCCAAAGGCCAAUGGUGGCCCCCAUCAAACAGAAGUGUGACCCCACACUAAUUCUUUAUUAGGCCUGCAUGAAGCUUCAGCCAAAGCUGUAUCCUCUACACAAUCUCUCUGGCACCAUGCAGAGGUGACCAUUCUUACCAUGCAAUUCUAUGCUUUGUCCAGCACUUGUGGUGGUGGUGGUGGGAGAUCCUUUAAUAGUCCUCUUGAGCCCCUGCACCAUCCUGGAGGGCAUCUACAGAGUGCUGAGAAGUCUAGCCUUUCCCAGUGCUUUCCUCCUAGAGAAAGCGCGAUUUCUCUUAAAGGACCUUAUCCAGCACUGAAGAAGCGCAGUACUUACUGUGUGGAGCUCAGCAUAGUGGGAAAAGGUUCUUACAUCGAAACUUUUUUGCAAAAGUAGCCCCCAAUUAAAAAAUAGUGGUCACUGCUAUAAUUCACUGUAUAUCCCUUGCCACUUGAAAUAGUUUCACAGUUUGCUGUCCUACUUAAUGGAAGUAUUUUCUUUUAAUAUUAUUAAUACAAAUGGAAAGACCCCGAAAAUUACCGUCUGAUCAGUAAGGAAACCUCAAGCUAUAGUUUAAAAACUACAACUGUUGGUAAUUUUUUUAAAAAAAAAAUCAGGUCUGGGAUAAAGUAAACCAAUUACUAUAUUUUGUAGGAAAGGAAGAAAUAGUUAAAAAUUCUAAUUUUAAGUAUAGUAGAAUUGUUUUUUAAAUUUAUCUUUGAUUUCGGUGUUGCAGUAAAAAAAAAACCCUAAAGGUUAAACAUUUUGACUCCAAGCAGAGAUAAUGAAAUGUAAAGAUGCCCAAAUUAGAAAAUACUUCAAGAGAAUUGGCUGUACACUCGAAAGCUUCAAAAUCAAUUUGUUUCACUUUUCUUCCCUUCAGGAAAAUAGCUGUGAAAUGUUUACCUGUCAAAAACUGCUUUUAUACAAACAGGUUCUAUUUAGUCCACAAUCCUUUCUGAAAUUAAACCUUUAAACUGGAACAAACCAACCAUUAAAUAUCAAAACAAAUCAGUACUUUGUAUUUCUUACUGAAAUGUUAUCAUUGUGUAUUUGGAUUGGACUAUCUUCCUGCACCAAUUCUGCAGAAGUAUAUUUAGAAAUGUAUGUUUAUGUUCUGAAAAGGCAAGGGACUGAACAUACAUUUUCUGACUAUAAUAGAACCUAAAAACAACCCUGCAGAUACAUUAUUUCAGAACAGUGGUAUUCACUAUUUUUGAGACCAGUAAAAUCAGGCUACAAGACACAAAGGAUUAAAAGUAACUGUUUUCUUAGGAGUAUGUUACUGCUUUAUUUAAAGUAAAUACAAUUCCUUUAAAAAAUUAUUAGGUGAUUAUUAUUUUUUGCUCACAUUACUCCAUUUUCCAUAUUAUAACCCUAGUAUCUGCAUGUAAACUCUCAAAAAGGGUGUGAAAAAAUAGUUUAUUUAGCUUAAGCAAUGCCAUAAAAGCAAUACUCAGUAUUUAGUUACCUUGCUUACAGAGUGUCAUUUAAAACUAACUAACGUAACAAAAUUGCUGCAUAUGAGCAUUCUGGUGAAAGUGCUUCAAAACAUUAGAUAUGGACAUUUCUUUUCCCCUUCCACUUUUACAGUUUUAAAUGCUGAUGUUUUACAAAGCAUAAUGUACUGCAAACACAUAGCAGAAAAAUACUUUGCUACUGAAGAGAUGCUAAUGCAAAGGGACAAUAAAUAGAACUAGUUAAUUUUAUUCUUAAA